CAGCCCUGUCGUGGAGCACUACCGUGGGAAGUGAAGCCCAGGGAUCAAUACUUUAGUCCUCCCUGGCUACCUUGGAGCUUUGGGACCCCGUCAAGGCUAAAACUGUAGUCUCCUCCCUCUUCACUGCAGGUGGCGGCCAUGGGGACUGGCAGGCUGCAGCUGCUGCUCCUGCUGGGCGCUUGGAGGGCGCUAGGAGGUGCGGCGCGAUGCCGCGUCACCCUGGUUUUGUCCCCGCAGAAGGCAACAGGCGCCGUCUGCAGGAGCUCAGAAGCCACCCAAGACAGCGAACUGGCCACGCUGCGCCUGCGCCUGGGCCGCCACGAGGAGCUGCUGCGCGCGCUGCAAAGGCGUACGGCGGAGGGCGGCGCGCUCGCGGGCGAGGUGCGCGCUCUGCGCGAGCACAGUCUCACCCUGAACACGCGCCUGGGCCAGCUGCGCGCGCAACUGCAGCAGGAGGCGGGGACGGAGCCUGACCUGGGGGCGGAGCCUGCUGCCGCGCUUGGUUUGCUAGCGGAACGCGCACUGGACGCUGUGGCCGAAGCGCGCCGGACGACGGAGCGCCUGCAGCAGCUGGACGCGCAGCUCCGUGAGCAUGCGCAGCUCAUGAGCCAGCAUAGCAGCCUCCUCGACCGCCUGCAACGCGCGUGUGCGGGCCAGGAACGGGGCCAGCAGCAGGUCCUGCCACUGCCCCUGGUGCCUCUGGUUCCUCUGAGCCUAGUAGGCAGUGCGAGCAACACCAGCAGGAGGCUGGACCAAACUCCAGAGCACCAGAGACAGCAGAGCUUGAGACAGCAGGGGCCUCCGUCUUCUCCGCUGCCCACGGGGCACCUUGCCGUCCCCACCAGGCCAGUGGGCCCAUGGAGGGAUUGUGCAGAGGCUCACGGGGCAGGUCAUUGGCAGAGUGGAGUGUAUGACCUGCGGCUGGGCCGUCGCCUGGUGGCCGUGUGGUGUGAACAGCAGCAGGAAGGUGGAGGCUGGACUGUGAUCCAGAGGCGGCAGGAUGGCUCUGUGAACUUCUUUACCAACUGGCAGCAUUACAAGGCGGGCUUUGGGCGGCCAGAUGGAGAAUACUGGCUGGGCCUGGAACCCGUGCAUCAGGUGACCAGCCGUGGGGACCACGAGCUGCUGAUACUCCUGGAGGACUGGGGGGGCCGCAGGGCACGUGCGCACUACGACAGCUUCUCCUUGGAGCCCGAGAGUGACCACUACCGCCUGCGGCUUGGCCAGUACCAUGGUGAUGCUGGAGAUUCCCUCUCCUGGCACAAUGACAAGCCUUUCAGCACUGUGGAUAGGGACAGAGACUCAUAUUCUGGUAACUGUGCCCUGUACCAUCGCGGGGGCUGGUGGUACCACGCCUGUGCCCACUCCAACCUCAAUGGCGUAUGGUAUCAUGGAGGUCAUUACCGGAGCCGAUACCAGGAUGGGGUCUACUGGGCCGACUUCCGUGGUGGGGCGUACUCUCUGAAGAAGGCUGUUAUGUUGACCCGGCUUGUGCGAUUGUGACCGUCCCAAGAGCACUCGAGGGUGUUCCUGUCUCCUCGAACUGGUAUCUUAUAGCAACACAAGGUGUCCA